UGUUCCUAUGCAAACGUACGUUCAACAGCUAGCCCCAUUCAUUUACACACAGUACACGCGCAGAGAGCCAGCAAACUAAAAAAAAAAAUACACACAUAGUGAAUUUACGUGCGAUAUAAUACAACUAAACAUGGAACAACGCUGAGGAUUUAUUGUAAAUAUUUUCUUCGGAAUUACCAACCAUUUUUCAUGCCCUACCCACCCCAUUGAUUGACUAGCAACAUGGAUAAUUUUCGGACGGGGGUAAGUAAUAAUGUCGCUGCUGCUACAGCUAGCAGUGGAACAUACAUCAGCGGGAGCGCAACCACUCCGACCCCGACCACCGCACCCUCUUCAGACCCGUUUACUACCGGUACCGGUACCAAAGCCCCUCUUAGUUCAGCUUGGAAGACCACGCUGGCGGCCACCACCACGGUCUCCACAAUGAAUCGGAGAAGGAAUACUUAUAACAAGAAGAAGCAACACUCAGGAACUUCGCUGCGCCCGCCGAGGGCGCUGUUUUGCCUUACGUUGGACAACCCGGUGCGGCGGAUGUGCAUCAGUUUUGUCGAAUGGAAAUAUCCUUUUUGA